AGUCCGCUAAUUUUACUUUGCACAUAAUUUUUUUACAAAUUAGAUUGCUAACAUACGCAUAAUGCACAGCAGAGCUACCUGAAGCGUCCCAAUUGCAAGCUUUAAGAAAAACACACAGUUUUAUGCUAUGUUUACCAGCCCCUUUCAGCGCGCGUAAGCGAAGCCGAAGUGCGCGUGAGUUUUCGGCGUUCUUUGCAAGCAGAGUAUUCGGAUGAGUGUCCUGAUCAUGAAGCCCACUAGUUCAACGAUUACAGCUUUGCUAGUGUUUGUGUGCUUCUCUGCCGUCAGAGCGAGGAGGCUCAACAGAUUUAUUAGACACUUCGAGCCACUUUUAUACGACCAUGAAGAAGUCCACGCGAGCCAUAUUCGAGCAAAGCGUUCAACAGCGGCCAAGAAUAACGUACACAUCGCUUUUCGUGCUCACAAUAGAGACUUCCACCUUCGCUUGACAGCCGACUCGUCUAUUUUUCAUGAGGACCUCGUUGUUGAGACUGCUACGAGGCGUGUCUUUGAAGCUGAUACCAGCCACAUAUACACGGGCCGAGUCGUCGGUGAUUCCGGGAGCCAUGUGUACGGUUCUUUACAUGAUGGCGUUUUCGAGGGCGGUAUUCAUACCAGAAACGGAUCGUACUACGCUGAGUCAGCUCGAAAGUACUUCGAAAAACAGAUGCCCUUUAAGUCUGUCAUCUACUCUGCAACAGACGCUGAGUUCCCCAGAAACAACAAAACUGGCUCUGCGCGGCUAUGUGGCCUUUAUGGAAGGACUGAAGCAUGGAUGGACAAUGUCUUGCGGUCACAAAGUUUCCACAAGAAGCAUGGACCGCAUAACGGGGAACGACGAAGACUCAAACGUGACACACAGGACCCUGAUAUACGAAGCGAGCGUAUUGGAAGUGUAGUUGGCGAUCGACGUGACAAUGCCAGAACGCUGCCCUUGAAGCAAUGGAAUGGGAACGCAACAGCCCGUCGGGCACUGGUCUCACGGCGUGUUUGCAAUAUGAGGCUGAGCAUAGACCACCAUCUUUAUGGGUACUUUGCCUUCCUACAGCCCGAUGAACAACAUAUAAUAAAGCAAAUAACAGCUCUCAUCGCUUCACACGUCGCUCGAGCGAACGAGAUUUAUGGUGGAACCAACUUCGGCGGCGUGCAGAACAUCAGCUUCGUCGUUCAACGAAUCGUGAUAAACAACACGAGAUCCUGCGUGGGAGGGAAACUGAACUUGAAUCCAUUUUGCUCCGCGGCUGUGGACUCCACCCAUAUGCUACACUUUUCUUCGCUAGAAAAUUACGACGACUUCUGUCUGGCCUUCACCUGGACGUUCAGAGACUUUACCGACGGCAUACUGGGACUUGCAUGGAUAGCCAAACCAGAAUAUGGAAGUGGUGGCAUCUGUGAGAAGAAUCGAAUGACAGUGGACCGUGACCCUGGUGGUGACGCCUACCGAGAGUACCGCAUGAGCCUGAAUGCCGGCAUUCUUACAUUCCUCAACUACAAUAGCUUUGUACCUUCAAUAAUCUCCGAAGUAUCCUUUGCCCACGAAAUUGGCCACACUUUUGGAUCCCCCCACGACGAGGGACGCGAGUGCGUGCCUAACGGCUGGGAUGGUAAUUACAUAAUGUACGCGUCUGCAACUACUGGAACACAGAAGAACAAUGAUCAGUUUUCCCCGUGCAGCAACCGUAAUAUCUCUGCUAUACUUCUGCCGUUAUUCAGCGGAGAAAGCGAACGAGAAAACUGCUUCUUAAAGAGCACUGGCCCGAUUUGUGGCAACUCAAUUCAAGAAGGAGACGAGGAUUGUGACUGCGGGAUAGACGAUGUCGACUGCACCGACAUGUGCUGCUACUCGAGACACAACGCAGAAAGAGUUCGGGGGUGCAGGCUCAGGCAAGGAGCAACGUGCAGUCCCACAGCGGGCUCUUGCUGCAGCAAGCAGUGCGAGGUGCUGCCGGAACUCACUCCCUGCAAAGAAGAAGACAGAUGUUCAGGAAAGGCCUUCUGCGAUGGUCUCAACGUAAAGUGCCCAGAAGCCCCUUUGAAGUCUGACAUGACUGAAUGCAACAAUGGAACUCAGGUUUGCAAGCAGGGAAGAUGCACAGGAUCGGUAUGUGAGAAGUAUGGGCUGACAGAGUGCACCCUUACAGGGAGCGGAUUGGAUGCCCUCCACAAGUGCCAGUUGGCCUGUCGCGACCACGAAGGCAGCGGAGAUGAGCACUGCUACGAAGCAUGCCACUACCCGGACAUGAAACAUCUGUGUGGAAAAAUGCUCCAGCCAGGGUCUCCUUGUGACGACAUGAAAGGAUACUGCGAUGUGUUCCAGAGGUGUCGUCCCAUAGACUCGGAGGGACCGCUCUCUCGGAUGCAUCAGUUCCUGUUCGGUCAGAGCCCGAUACUCUCCGUGAGGCAAUUCGUGGCGGAUCACAUCUUCCUGUCGGGCAUCACGCUGAUUGGCUCCGUGUGGACUCUUGUGCUCGUGUUCCGCUGCUUCGCACUGCAUACCCCGAGCAACAACCCGAGGAAAAAACCCGCCUACAAACUCAAGGAAACUAUCAAGCAUGUCGUCGAUACUUUUAUAUGAAGCCACCCACCGUGCCUGUCCACGCUUCGUCUGCCUACUAAUUACGGUUACAAGCAAGUCUGCUUGAAUGAUAUGUGAUCGCAUGAAGCUAUUAUGAUUAUCCUAUUAAGUGUGCGUACAAAUGAAUGAAAAUGACACGCAAUGGUUUUCACUUGCACCUACACGAUAUCCAUGCCACUCGUCAAGUACCUCUGGGGGCGCAUCUGCUCACGUACUGUACAGGAGAGUACAGAAUUGCUGAGAUUGCGGAUUUUUGACAGCCUUUCCUGUCACAGAGCAAUCUCGGUAACUGAACUCUUUUUUAACAGCCCUGCGUUCUCGCCUGAACGUAGUUCACUCUCUUCAAGCACUGUAUGUUAAUAAAAAUUUUGU